AUGGUUAAAAUAAAAUCUUCAAGGCAGCUCGUCAGCAUGACAAAGGAUUCCUCAUCAAGGCAUCCCGCAUUCGAAGCACGUUCGUCCGAUAGUGACACCUCUGAUGAGGAAUCGGAUCAUCUCGAUGCCAUCAGCUCUCGCAAGAAGCGCAAGCUUUCAGCGGACUUUAGCCAAGAUGAAGAGGACGAUGAUCAGGAUGAUCAGGAUGAGAGCGACGAUGACGAUGAGGAUGAGGAUGAGGUUGACGGCAAAAAGCAACAGCCAGCCGCAAAGCCUACUCUCACAUUCAAUGCACCGUCCCGUAUCAAACGUCAGCCUGCCAAGGGAGAUUCUGAGAGAAUAGCAAAGGGGCAGCCUGUCACUGAUGCUGAGAUGGAAGAUGCAGUUCAGAGUAUUGCCCAAGCGGCAGGCAAGAAAAGAAUCCUGGCUCCAACAGACCAGAACACCACAUUCGAGUCUCUUGGUGUAGAGCCAUGGCUUGUUCAGUCUCUAGCAAACUUGGCCGUCAAGAGGCCGACCGGAAUCCAGAAGGGAUGCAUUGCUGAAAUCCUCAAGGGGCGCGACUGCAUAGGCGGCAGUCGAACUGGUUCCGGAAAGACGAUUGCCUUUGCCGUGCCUAUUCUGCAAAAAUAUGCUCAGGAUCCGGAGCUUGCCCUUCAAAUUUAUGAGCAGUUCAAGGCCGUGUCCUCACCGCACGUGCUAAAAGCCGCCUUGAUAAUAGGUGGCUCCGACAUGCGAUCGCAAGCAAUUGCUCUGGCCCAGCGGCCGAGUAUUGUAAUUGCUACCCCCGGUCGGCUGGCAGAUCACAUUCGAUCAUCAGGCGAAGACACAAUUUGUGGACUCCGCAGAGUAAAAUUUCUCGUCCUGGACGAAGCCGACCGGCUGCUGUCCUCCAAAGGGCCCGGAAGCAUGCUACCGCACAUCGACGAAUGCAUGGCCGUCUUGCCGCCCCCCGAGGAUCGUCAGACGUUACUGUUUACGGCCACGGUGACACCCGAGGUCCGCGCGCUCAAGGAGAUGCCGACGCGGCCAGGCAAGGAGCCUGUGCAUGUCUGCGAGGUCGACACACAGGUCCUGGCUAUUCCGGACUCGUUGAAGCAGUCGUAUAUCCAGCUGACGGUGACACACCGGGAGCACUUCCUGCAUGAAUUUCUUCUUACAGAUGCCAACGCGGAGCGGUCUAUUAUCAUUUUUGUCAAUCGCACAAGCACAGCCCAGUUCCUCCACCACUUACUGCGGCUUCUGGACCACCGCGUCACGUCUCUGCAUUCUAAACUGCGUCAGCAACAGCGUAUCGACAACUUGGGCCGGUUCCGCGCAUCAGCAGCCCGCAUUCUGGUUGCGACGGAUGUCGCGUCCAGGGGUUUGGAUAUUCCCGAGGUUUCGGUGGUGGUGAACUACGAUCUUCCACGGGAUCCGGAUGACUAUAUCCACAGAGUCGGACGUACAGCACGUGCCGGCCGCAAGGGUGAAGCGGUCAACUUUGUAGGGCAGAGAGACGUCGAGCUUGUCCUAGCCAUAGAAAAGAGGGUCGGUCGGCCUAUGGAGAAAUGGGAGGAGGAGGGUGUCAACCUCGAAACCAGAGUGAUUCGCGACUCUCUGAAGCUCGUCUCUGAAAAGAAGAGGGAGGCCCUGUUGAAUAUUGAAGAGAACAGGGAGGUCGGUGGACGGAGAAAAAGACAGAAGCUCAAGUUGGGGGCGGUAUAA